CAUUUUAUUAUUUUUGUUUAUUUUAUUUUACUUUUGUAUUUAAAUAUUCAUAUGACAGAAAAGCAAUUUAUUGGAGCUAUCGACCAAGGAACGACUUCUUCACGGUUUUUAAUAUUUGAUGAUGAGGGAAAAUUGAUUACUUUUCAUCAAGUUGAACUAGCGCAAUCACAACCACAUUCUGGUUGGUUGGAACAUGAUCCUUUACUUAUUCUUGAUACAGUUCUCGAAUGUAUCGAAAAGACAAUUAAACGGUUCGAGCUUAUGGGCCAUCAUGUCAAGGAUAUCAAAGCGAUUGGUGUCACGAAUCAACGUGAAUCAGCUGUCGCAUGGAACAAAAGAACAGGCGAACCUUUACGUAACACGAUCGUCUGGAGUGAUGUACGAACCGAUGACCUUGUUCACGACCUUAAAGAAAAGGAAAAGAAAGAUGGCAAUGAUAUUCAAAUUCAAGAUAUUGCAGGCCUCAGUCUCUCGUCCUAUUUUACAGCAGUCAAGUUUCGCUGGAUGCUGGAUCAUGAUGAAAAAGUGAAAGAGGCUGUGAAAGCAGGCGAGGCUUGUUUGGGUACCGUUGAUAGUUGGCUAAUUUACAAAUUGACAAAUCACUCAUCAUUUGUAACUGACGUAACAAAUGCGAGUCGUACAUUAUUAAUGAAUCUCAAGACAUUAAAUUGGGAUGAUGAUCUAUUGAGGUUUUUUGACAUUGACAAGGAAUUAUUACCAACAUUAUGUUCAUCAUCAGAAAUAUAUGGUAAAUUAGAGAUAGAAAAUUGUGCACUCAAAGGUAUACCUAUUAGUGGCUGUUUAGGGGAUCAACAAGCAGCCCUCUUAGGCCAAAAAUGUUUUUCGAAAGGAGAGGCAAAAUGUACUUUUGGUACUGGUGCAUUCAUGUUAUUUAAUACUGGGGAAGAUAUGGUAAAAUCUAAACAUGGUUUGAUUAUGACUAUUGCGUUUAAACUGGGUAAAGAAGCAAAAGCAACGUAUGCUUUAGAGGGAUCAGUAGCAGUAGCUGGUUCUUCAUUGAGAUGGUUAAGAGAUAAUCUAAGACUUAUUAAUUCCAUGGAAGAAGUGAGUGAAUUAGCUAAACAUGUCCCUGAUACAGGAGGUGUCUAUUUUGUCACAGCAUUUUCAGGUUUAUUUGCACCUUAUUGGAGAGAUGAUGCAAGAGGAACAAUGAUAGGAUUAACGAGUUAUACAAAUAAAUAUCAUCUAGCACGAGCCACAUUAGAAUCCAUGUCAUAUCAAUCAAAGGCUAUUUUAGAUGCCAUGAAUCAAGAUGCAGGUGUUCCUCUAAAAGUACUUAAAGUAGAUGGAGGUGUAUCUAACUCAGAUAUUGCUAUGCAAAUACAAGCUGAUAUUUUGGGCAUCCAUGUUGAACGACCCUCAAUGAGAGAAACAACAGCAUUGGGGACUGCUAUUGCUGCUGGAUUAGCAGUAGGUGUUUGGAAAGACAUUGAUGAACUGAAAGAAAAAAUGACUAAUGGCGAUGAUGUGACAACUUUUAUACCUAACACAACAACUAAAGAAAGGGAAGAAAAAUAUAAAAUAUGGAAAAAAGCGGUAGAUACUUCACUUCAUUGGACAAAUGAUGUAGACAAUUUAAGUGAAGAUGAUGAAUAGAUAUAUAUAUUUUUUUAAAAGAAAAUAAAGUUUGUCUAAGAGGCAAUGAAAUUAAAUAUUCAAGUAAGUAAUUGUA